AUGAGCAUGAGCUGCAUCCUGCAUGUGACAAUGUCCGUGCGUUUCAGGAUGGGCGGUGGUGACGGCCACCGGCUGCCGCCGGGCUUCCGGUUCCGGCCGACCGACGAGGAGCUGCUCACGCACUACCUCGCCCCGAAGGCGGCCGACGCCGGCUUCGCCCCCGCCGCGGUCCGCGAGGUCGACCUCUACGGGGCCGAGCCGUGGGAUCUGCUGCCGGCCGGCGGCGGCGGCGGCGGCUACUUCUUCUGCAGGAGGAUCGUCAAGUUCCCGUCCGGCCUCAGGACCAACCGGGCCACGCGGGCCGGGUACUGGAAGUCCACGGGGAAGGACAAGGUGGUGCUGCUCCAGCACGGCGGCGGCGAACCGCUGGGGCUGAAGAAGACGCUCGUGUUCUACCGGGGCCGCGCGCCCACCGGGGAGAAGACUAACUGGGUCAUGCACGAGUACCGGCUGGUGCAAGGCCAUGGAUGCUACACGCCCCCUCUGCUUGCAACAGGAACGCAAAGUGAGUGGGUGAUUUGCAGGGUGUUCACGAGGAAGCCACCAGGCGAAACGAGCCUGCUAGAGGAGGAGACAGUUCUUCACCACCCUCCUCACCUGAACAACGACGACGAUCAUGUGAGGCCGACGAUCGAUGGCUGCAACGGCGGCGAGACACCGGCGGCGGUUCCGGCGGCCUCCGAUCACGAGCACGCGACGAACAGCUUCCCCGAUGCUCUCGCAGUCGCGCCGGCCAAUCAUCAUCAUCAUCAUCAUGGUGGUGGUGGUGAUUCAGCUGCAGCACACCCUGACACGCACUCUGUGUCGGACUAUGCAUCGGCGGCGGCAUGGGCAUGGGCAUCAGAACUGCUACAGCCAGCAACGCUGCUUCGUCACGACGAGCUCUGCUCAGACUCCAUUGAUGAUCUGCUGCCACAGCUGCUCGACUACGAGGGCCUUCCCUUCCUUCAGGACUUCUGA